UAAAAAUAAUGUAACAGACCUCGGGGUCGCAAGUGCCUUCUUUUUAAACGCUUCCCGUUCCCGUAAGAGCGCCGGGUCCAUAUUUUCGUCUUUUAAACACAAUCACUACAAGUAAAAGAUGUGGCUUCAAGCAAUUUGUAUUUACAGCGUCUUCAUAAUUAUAGAAUGCGGGAUUCCGACGGCAGCCGAAGAGCACUCAUUGUGGAGAUGGACGUGCGAAAACAAUAGAUGCACGAAGAUCAGGAACGAGCCGGAGAAUAAGGAGCCUGUCCUCAGUCUGGAAGCCUGCAAGAUGUUCUGUGACGAUUAUGGUCUCCUCUGGCCGAAACCAACGAUCGAGACAAAUCUGGGUAACUUCCUCUCCAAGAUUAAUAUGAACACCAUCGACAUUCAGAUCACCAAGCAGGGAAAGAGCGACGACCUCCUCACAGCUGCUGCCGACAGGUUUAAGACACUGGUUUCCAGUUCCGUGCCUAAAGGCUUCUCGGCGAAGGCUGCAGGAAAAUCGGUCACAGUUUUUUUAGUCAAUGACAAUCCUUAUAUCCGAGAAUUCUCCCUGGACAUGGAUGAGAGCUACGAGCUCUACAUUUCAUCAACGUCGAGCGACAAAGUGAACGCUACCAUACGUGGAAACUCUUUCUUCGGCGUCCGUCACGGUCUGGAGACGCUCUCUCAGCUAAUCGUGUACGACGACAUCAGGAAUAAUCUGUUGAUUGUCCGUGACGUCACAAUUAAGGACAGGCCUGUCUAUCCUUAUCGAGGUAUUUUGUUGGACACCGCGAGGAACUUCUACUCCAUAGAAUCAAUCAAAAGAACUAUAGACGCAAUGGCCGCAGUGAAACUGAACACAUUCCACUGGCACAUCACGGACAGCCAGAGUUUCCCGUUGGUGUUACAGAAAAGACCGAACUUGAGUAAGCUCGGGGCAUACAGUCCCACCAAGGUGUACACAAAGCAAGAUAUUCGUGACGUUGUCGCAUAUGGCCUAGAGAGGGGAGUUCGUGUUUUACCGGAAUUUGAUGCGCCCGCUCAUGUGGGAGAGGGAUGGCAGGACACUGGACUCACCGUGUGCUUUAAGGCGGAGCCGUGGACGAAAUUCUGCGUGGAGCCGCCUUGUGGUCAACUGAACCCGACUAAAGAGGAACUUUACGACUACUUGGAAGAUAUUUACGUUGAAAUGGCUGAGGCGUUUGAGAGCACCGACAUGUUCCACAUGGGAGGAGACGAGGUCAGCGAACGCUGUUGGAACUCCUCAGAGGAGAUCCAGAACUUUAUGAUUCAGAACCGAUGGAAUUUGGACAAGAGCAGUUUCCUGAAGCUUUGGAACUACUUCCAGAAAAACGCUCAAGACAGAGCGUAUAAGGCCUUCGGUAAACGACUACCUCUGAUUCUAUGGACCAGCACAUUGACCGACUACACUCACGUAGAGAAAUUCUUGGACAAAGACGAAUACAUCAUACAGGUCUGGACCACUGGAGCCGACCCACAAAUUCAAGGUUUACUCCAGAAAGGAUAUCGCCUGAUCAUGUCAAAUUAUGACGCUCUAUACUUUGACUGUGGAUUCGGGGCAUGGGUUGGGUCUGGUAAUAAUUGGUGCUCACCGUACAUCGGGUGGCAGAAAGUAUACGGUAACAGUCCAGCGGUGAUGGCGCUCUCGUACCGAGAUCAGAUCUUAGGUGGUGAAGUAGCGCUGUGGUCCGAGCAGUCAGACCCUGCCACGCUGGACGGCCGACUGUGGCCCAGAGCGGCUGCCUUCGCCGAGCGCAUGUGGGCCGAACCUUCCACCGCGUGGCAAGAUGCCGAGCACCGGAUGCUCCAUGUCAGAGAACGUUUGGUAAGAAUGGGAAUUCAAGCUGAAUCGCUUGAGCCGGAGUGGUGCUAUCAGAAUCAAGGACUUUGCUAUGGUUAGAGUUCAUAGACAACGCGAAGAGGAUGUGCUGCCAGCCUUAUGAAUAAUAAAUAACAAAGACAGACAAUACUAUCCUAAAAACUCAUCGCAACUUUUUUCGAAUAACCAAAAUAAAGAGGAAUUCCUUUGCUUUAUUUUGUUACAUGAAAAAAUUAUGUUUAACAACAAGGUUUUUUGGGCGUAAUUACAAUUUGAAAUAAAAAGUAAGCACUUACUUUGCCAGCUUAAAAAAAUAUAAGCGAAAUAAUAAUUUUAGAAAAUAAAAACAAAAUGUAUAAUGUUAAAAUAGGAUUUUUUUAUUCAGUUAACAAAUAUUAUCAUAAUUUAGUUUUAUUUUGUGUAUAAAAUAAUUAAAAAAAAUACGAUUUCCCCGUGAUGUUCUAUUUCCGUAGAGCAUUAAAAUACACCAGUUACUGCCAUUAUUUGCAUAAUAAUAAGAGUAUUUUGAGAUUACAUGACAUUAUAAUAAUAAUUAAGUUUAUAAAAUAUAUUAAAUUAAAGAUUUAAAAGUUUGUAAAUUAAUCGUGAUCAAAACGUGUAUUCGCGUUGUAUAAUUGUGUACUUUAUAGCAUAUAUUGUAUUUUUUAAGCCAAGUCUUUUUAAAUCUUUCAGUGCACAUGCAUUUCUACAGUAAAAAAAAAUCAUCUACACUGUUGACAUAUUAAUAUGUCAUGUCACCGCGUAUCCGCAAAAUUUAAAAUUCCUGUCAUUGUGGUUAUUUAUUUGACCAAGGGUUUGAGAACCUAGCGCUUAUUUUGUUCAAUUUAAUUACUGUUUAUAUCUACAUUUGAAAACGAUGAUGACAUGAUAAUAAGAUUGAAAACACAAUUUUGUUCCAUCAAUUAAUUAAACGAAAAUAAAAAAUAAAACGAAUGAGAGAUUAAAACAGUAAAAUGUUUUAAGUAAAAAUGGUAAAAUUUUUCAAUAAAAAAUACAUAUAUCCAAAACGGAGCUACGAUCGGAUUUUUUGUCACAAAUUAUUUCAGUUGAUAACAAUUCAGUUUCGAGAUAUUAUUCAUUUCACAAAUUUUACGUUCCUCCAGAGAAAAUGCUAUAUUUGUACAAGAUCUCGACAAUGUAUAUAUUUCGACAAAAAAUAUUUCGAUACGUGAUUGCUUCUUACACUUUCGCGUUUUAAACAAUUAUUGUUAAGAAAUCUGACAUAAGCAAUAAGUGUGUUUAUAAGUGUGGAAACAUUUUUGGAAUAUCUUCACGAGAAGUUAUAAAUAAGAUUAAUACUCAUAUCAAAUAUUUUUAAAUUGUUUUACUAUUUAUAUUUAACGUAUUUCUAUCGUCACAUAUUAUUACUAAAUUGUAAUACUUAUACAGCAUUUACUAUUUACACAUUAAAUUUGAUAUUAUUAUACUAUAUACUUCAUGAGCACAUGUGUGUUUUCAUAUUCUUGUGACUUAUUAAUGUACACUUAUUGGUAUUUUUAAUAAAAUUCUGCAUAAU